UUUUCACUCGAUAUAUGGCAUCCAUGGGAGCUGACAUAAAGAAUUGAGCGCGCAAAUGUUCCCUGCUCCAUGUCCUCCACGAAUGUUCUCUGGACAUUGACAGACUCGCUCCGCUUACUCGCGGAGUCAAUGGAGCGGUGACGUGUCCGGGAGGCGGGCUCCAGCCGGCUCUUAAAUACGCGGCAGCGGAGAAGUUGGACAGAAGCGCACGACUGAGACUGGAGAGUGGUCCUUUCUCUCUGCCCCAAAGAAAAAAAAAAGCCUGCCUCCCGGUACCAUUUGGACCAUGAUUAAGAAGAUGUCUCCGUCUGAGAGCGACUUUGACAUCCCUGCGAAGAACUGCUACAGGAUGGUGAUACUGGGCUCCACCAAAGUGGGCAAAACCGCCAUCGUGUCCCGGUUCCUGAACGGCAGGUUCGAAGAGCAGUACACGCCGACCAUUGAGGACUUUCACCGGAAACUGUACAGCAUCAAGGGGGACGUUUACCAGCUCGACAUUCUGGAUACUUCGGGGAACCAUCCUUUCCCCGCCAUGAGGAGACUUUCCAUACUAACCGGUGAUGUCUUCAUCCUGGUCUUCAGCCUGGACAACAGGGACUCCUUUCAGGAGGUGCUGCGCCUCAAGCGUCAGAUCUACGAGACCAAACUGUGCCUGAAGAACAAGAUGAAGGAGAACAUCGAUGUCCCCCUGGUCGUCUGCGGCAACAAGGGCGACCGCGAGUUCUACCGCGAGGUGCGACCGGAGGAGAUCGAGCAACUCGUGGGCGGCGACGAGAAGUGCGCCUACUUCGAGAUCUCCGCCAAGCGCAACGAGAACGUGGAUAAGAUGUUCCAGACCUUGUUCACUCUGGCCAAGCUGCCUCACGAAAUGAGCCCCGACCUGCACAGGAAGGUGUCGGUGCAGUACUGCGACAUGCUGCACAGGAAGUCGCUGAAGAACAAGAAGCUGAAAGAGGUCGGCGAGGCGUAUGGGAUGGUGACGCCGUGCGCCCGGAGACCCAGCGUCCACAGCGACCUCAUGUACAUCAAGGAGAAAGCGGUCGGAGGCGGCCAAGGCAAGGACAAAGAGAGAUGCGUCAUAAGUUAAGGUGUUGAAAAAGGAGGCUUUGACGAAGAAACCUUCUCUCAGCUUGACCUGAGCGUCCUGGGCCCUGGAGCUGGACCUGAUGCAACGGCGCCGGAGCCUGUGCCAAUCCAGGGACUUGGACAGGCCGCUGGCGAAAACUGCCCACGACACAUUUCUGAAUGUUGCUUGUUCUGUACAUCAGAGCCCACAGUGUGUGCGUGUGUGUGGUUUCUUUUCUCGAGGUGUAAAAAAAAAAAAAAUCUGUCCGUGUUGACUCUGACAGAUUCUCAAAGGGAGACUAGAACUCUAAACACUGUUUACAACUUGUAAUACACUGUAUUUUCUAUAUUUUGCUAAUGGUCUCUCGCAACAUUUUUUUUUACUGUGAAUAUAUCGACAGUGAAUGUGAUUUUGUUGCAUAGGAAGCAAAACAAAGAUCUUAAUAUAUAAUAAU